AACCUAGUAAUCUGUAAAUCACAUUCAUGUGCAGGCUGUCUGAAAGAGCGUGAAUCCCUCGUCACCCUCCUCAUUUAGUCCUUAAUAGCGAGUAACACACAGAACCCUGUAAAUUUCUUCCAAAAGCGGGGCUUAAAAUAAAGCCAAACAGUAAUUGCGGCAUAAUAUGUACUUUUCUUUACUCUCACCUUCAGAGCGUGUAACGUCACCUAACGAUUUUGAACAUCUUCGAAGUUUUCACUUUUGUGAUCACGAACAGAACGCCUCCUUCUUGUUCUUGUUCUUUAUCUAAAUCAAAUCCAAUUCACCGAUCGCACCCUUUUAAGCUCUUCCCUGACAAGAAUUUCACUGCUAGCCUUUUUAGUAAUUUCUUGAAAUAGUACCUGUGGAAGAAUCAAAACCCUUUAUGGAGCUUGCAGUUUUCUGCGCAUUGAUUGCAACUUUUUGGAUUCCUCUAAAGUUUUGAAGGAAAAUCUGAAGUGCCCAUCUUUUAUUCUCUUGAUUUUGAAUUUUUGGAGUUGUGAUCAUGGAGCGUUGUACGGGGCAAAAUUGGGAUAUAUACAGACAGGAACCUCAUAGGAAAAGAUCACAGUGCAAGAAGCCAACCUGGGGUUGUUGGCAGCCUGCAGUACCUAUAUGGGAGAAAGAAUUCUGCAAAGUGGUCGGUUCACUAGAUUGGGAAAUAUUUCUGCGCAAGAAGAAGUUCGUUCACCUAUAUGAUAAUGUGAUCAACUGGGAUGACUCUGAAGGUAAAGAGGCAUUUCAAAAUGCUAAGACACGAUUCUGGUCAGAGAAACAUGGUGUUCCCUGCGAAAUACUAUUGCCUGAUCCUGAUCUUUACAUUGAUGAAAUAGAAUGGGAUUCAGAAAAUGAUUUUGAAUUGCCAUCUGACCUUGAUGUUGAUCCUGUGUUCUUUGAUUCGGAUGAAGACCAUAAGCCAGUCGUCGUUUUUGGAAAUUCAUUCUUUGUUAACCAAGCAUUUUCUCCCAGUAGCUGGGGUGACUAUGAAGAGAAUAUGAUAAUACUGACUCAUUCCACUUCUGCAAAUCAUGUGGAUCCAUGGGAGCAUAACUGGGGCAAUGCAUUUCCUAAUGCGGCCGCAACUGGAUGGACAGGAUUUUGUAAUAAUGCAUGGAACUUCAUUGGUGGAAGAGGGCACGCUGAUUAUGCACCGUGGGUAGGUGGUUGGAAUAAUACAUGGGGUUGGAAUUACUCACAUAACCCUUACAGUUAUGGAGUCGAACCUCCAAAUGUAACUUACGGGAUAGCUAAUGAAGUGCAAGGAUAUGGGACCUGAACCCUACUGCGCAGUUCAACGCUGGUAACUACAUUUGGUGGAACAACGAUGGACAACAGAGGGCAAAAUAUGUGGGAGAAACAUUGGCGGACGCAGACAUUUUGAGUUAGGGCUGAGAAACCUCGAACGUUGAUAAAAUGCUGACUUUAGGAGGGUGGAACUCAAUGAAUUUAUAUGGACCAGUCACUCAACAGGCUGCACUAGCAGUUGGAAGAAUGUGGGAUUAGGGAGAUUACUUUCUUUCUAUUGUCUUUUGUAUGUAUAAGUGGGUAUCAAACUCAGCAAAGACUGGUGUAUAUUUGGAGUUUCUGUUGAUGGAUUUCUCUAAAAUUGUUUUCUGAUUGUUUGGGAACUGUUAUUAUAAGUUGACAAGUUAUUGUUCAAUUAUUA